AAAUAAACAACAAGCUUCCUACGUGAUUGAUGUCGGACGGCGUCGAAAAAGUUUUGUUUGUUGCUUUUAGUAAUCAUAAUUUAGGUAAAUACAUAUUAAUACCACAUCAAAUCGAUAGCAGAAGUUACCCUGUUAAUCAAGAUUGGUAGGCGAACGAUAUGAAGUUCAAGUUUUGCUCCGACGGCGACUGCCCCCUUUGGGCGCUGGCAGGUCUUCAUGCCCUGAGCAGUCUUCCAGCUCUACUCUUCAGGACGCUACUGCAGCAGGUCAUCAAAGAACAACCGGAUGAUGGCAUCAUGGAGAUUUUGAAGGACACAAGCCUAUCGUCCCGCGACGAGUGCGCGCGCGCAGCCGCCGUCAUCCGGUGGGUGGUACAACAAGCGCUCUCCUGCUCGUGUUCUGGCUCACAGUUGACCAGGGACCUCCUGGUUCUGGGUGUGCCCAGGGCCCAUGCCGCGGCGUUAGCGGAGACCGUGGACGCACAGUCAGAGCCCCACCAAGCGAAUGUACGGAGCAAUGGGUUCAUGGUGAAUAAAAUUUCCGACGUGGCCCUCUCUUCGGGUCCUGAUGGUACAGUGGACACCUGCAGGCUGUCUCUGUUCACCGACGAUGUAUUCUCCGGGGAGCACAAGAAACGUGACCUCCUGAUUGAGAGGUCACAGGUCAGAGAACUGCUGACAGAGCUGAAGAAGGCAUACAAGCGGAUGGAGGACCUUGAAGCUGAUUGAUCGGAUUUUUGGAAAUUACUUAUAAUGUGCACUGUAUUAUUAAACGAGCAUUAUCUGUAGGUAUAUAUAUUUAAACGCGCGUUUUCCAAAACGAAUCGAAUUGUGAAAUUUAAGUGCACACGGGAAAAAAUUAUCGAUUUAGCCGGGUAUCUGGGAAAAUUCGUUUUUUCUAUUAUUUUCACCCAAAAUCAGUUUUCCAUAUAUAUUUAUAUAUAUGGUCGCUAGCACAUUGCUACGCUACAAUUAUGCGGUUAUUCAUUUCAUUGGAUUUUUCUACUGUCAUUUGACAUUUGACAAAAACGCCAAACAUUUAUUAAUAAAUCAGUAAUUGUCAAUGUAAGUUAUUUGGCUAGUUUAAAUUUCCUUGCCAUUGUCACAAUUUUAUUCUCAAACUCCGAUGGAAGAGUAUUAUGAAGAAAUUUGAUAUGUCCCAUUUCUUUAUAAUCGUCCCGCACCUCAUAUUAUUUACAUUGUAUGUUAAUACAUGUAAUCAUACUUAUAACCAUACUUGUAAUGGUGGUUUCUAUUUGUUUUUAUAAUGUUAAAUAAAAAAAUAAGAUUUU